AUGUGUGCCUGGAUGCCGAAGGUAAACAUCGUCCAGGUGACGCUCUCUCUUCAACGCGUGGAAUCGGAUAUUAUUUACACUACCGCCGACUGUUCUGGAGGUGGUAAAAUCGAGAUGGUGGAACCCGCACUCAGAACUUUAACCGGAAGACGUCUGUGUAGACGUUCCUGGAAAAUGAAGCGCGGUGAUGUUCUGGCGUGUUCAUUCGAGUCUUGGUAUCCACGCUUUAAAAAAUACACAAUCAAAAGUUUUAUCAUGGACCUUCCUGACGAAAUUCUUGAUUACAUAAAAAAUGCUCCCUUAGUUUCUCCUAAAAAUGCUCACUCCAUUAAAGCUGAACGUGAUGGAUUCUCAGAUGACUCUGAUGAUGAUUCCUGGUCAAACGAAGACGGGUCUGAUGAUGAACUAGAAGCACCAUCAUUCCCAGAUUUUGAGGCCAAAGUUAACGAAAUUAUUGCUUCUCUCGAUGGAGCAGUCUUUCCCAAACUCAACUGGAGUGCUCCCAAGGACGCGGCUUGGAUUAACUUCGGCUCCACUCUAAAAUGCACCUCUGCAACUGAUCUCCUUGUUCUUUUAAAGGCUUCAGAUUUCAUAUCUCACGACAUCUACGCACCAUUCGCUUUUUGUACAGACGCUAAAAGGAAUGAGGAGGUCGAUGAACCACAGCAUUCUUUGAAGUUAGUCCUACGAGCCUGGCGCCAAAUCCGUCCCGACGGUGAAUUUCGAUGCUUCAUCAGAACCAAUCAGCUCUACGCUAUUUGUCAACGGCACUACGACUCCUACUUCAACUUUAUUGAAAUCGAACAGGUCAACAUAAAGCGAGUCAUUUUCGACUUUUUUGACAGAAAUAUCAAGGGAAAUUUUCCUCUGGACGAUUAUGUAAUGGACGUGUCAGUUGGGCACAAGUUUGAAUCACCGGGUUGUGUCAAGUUGAUCGACUUCAAUGUCCAUGGUCCUCCUACGGAUGGUCUAAUGUUUAACUGGUCGGAGCUGAGACUUUUCCCCAUUGACAAGGAGGUGCACUUCCGUUGGCAAAGCGAUAAGACGAUGCGCUCCAGUGUGUUCUCCCAAUACAAAUUACCCAUAGAUUUGGUGGAUAUCUCAUCUGGAGGAGAUCCCGAAAAACUCAUCGACCUGAUUCAAGCACAUGUUGAAGAACAAAAGAAUAAUAAAUCCUGA